AUGGGAAAUUCUAUAGAGAUUAAUUAAACAUUAUCCUACUCGACUAUUCAAGGUUAAGAGAUACUUCUUCCUUUCAAGGACUUAAAGGGAUAGUAAAAUUUUCCAAAAGUGCCUUCAAGAGAAAAAGAUAUUGAAAUUAUGUUUUAGAAAUGGCUUAACAAAGUAAAUGAUUAUUUGAAUAUUACAGAUUAUUAUUGGAAGAAGGGAAAAAGAAAAACUUAAAGGAAUUCCUCUUAAAUAUAAAUUUAGACUAUGUUACAAACAUGACUAAAUUAUUUAAGAAUUAACAAAAGGGGAAUAAUAUAAAUAGAAAGUUAUAUAAGAAACAGAUACAUUAAUUUAGAAGGUAUUAUCAUAACAAGACAUUAUAUCAUUAGAAGGUACAUAUCAUAUACUAGAAUAUAAGCAUUAUCAAGAAAUUUAACCAAUGAUGAAUUUCUUGAACAUAAGAUAGCUGUGCUAUCUAAGGUGGAUCUUAUUGCUAAAUUAGUGGUAGAAUUGAAAACAUAAGAAUUGUUAUCAAGACAUUCCAAAAAUUUUAGGGAUUAGAUUGUAAUUAUCAAAAUCUUUGAAAAGUUAUUACAUCAUGAAUCAGGUAAUCUUAAAAUUGUUAUUCUUGUAUAGGUAUAUAAUUAUUAUGUGAUACUUCUAACUUUUUCUAAAUUAUGUUUAGUACAUUCCAUCCUGUUGAACCAGAAAUUACUGGAUUAAUGUUAUAAGUUUUAGGAGGUAAAUCUGGUUUGUGUUGGCAACCUGAAUGUUUAGAUAACAUUCUUGAUGCCAUGACUGAAUUUUAAAAUAAUCACAGAUUAUAAACUAAGUAAUAGAUAAUAAUAUUAAUUAUAGAUUUGAUGUAAUAAUUAGAAGUAUUUAUUAUACAAAGAAUUUAAUUAUUAUUUAUCAUCUACUUUAAUUUUUAUUUAAUUUUUUAUUUUCAGUUGAAAAACCUGAAUCUGAUGCAUUACAUAAAGAAUUAUUAGAAACAGUUAUAAAUGGUAAAAGAAUUGAUGAAAUAUUUCAAUAAGUGAAAAUUAGAAUUGUUAAAGAUUAUUAUUAAAUUGAAGAAUGUACUUAUUAAGGUGUUAGAUAAAAAUUAGCUUAAUUCUAACAUCCUCUUGUUGAAAAAUUGAAUUAAGAUAAUGAAUUUUUUUCAAUGUAAAGAUUUAAAACAAUUACAGAAAAACCACCUAAAGAUUUUAUUAAACCUAAUGUUGAAUUUGAUCUUGAAGAAACAGGUAGAAUUAAAUUCGAAAAUUGUUUUUAUUUUGAAUAACAUGAUAUUAAACUAUUUAGUAUUUUAAAAGUUCAAAUUUUUGAACUUAUGGAUGGUAUUUUAAAUAUUGAUUCUAUUUUAAUUUAAAUUGAAAAUGAUGAUCAAGAAUAAACAGAAAUCAUUUCUAAUCCAAAUGAUGUAUUUAAUGAAAUGUAAACUUUGGCUGAAGUAGAUGAAGAAGAAGAAGAAGAUGAUGAUAAUAGAUUAGUUAGUUUUUCAAAAAUAAAGAAUAAUGAUUAAUUUAGAAAUUAAAGCAAUAUGAUUAAAUAUGCCAAUGCUAAUUUACAAUAAGAAUAUAAUACAUUAGAAGAAAAACAUUAAAUUCUAUUUUCUAAAUAUGAAGAGAUGGAAAAAUAAUUUCGUGAAUUAUAACAUAAAUUAAUUGAUGAGUAAGAUAAAAAUAAAAAACUUGAAGAAUAAAAUGAAAAAUUAAUAUAUCAUUCAACCAAUUAAAAUUAAGAUUAAAUUAACACAAUAGUAUAAGAAUAAAUUGAAUUUCUUAAAUAGCAGAAUUUAUUAUAAAUCACUUCAUUAACUGAUGAAUUGACUUAAUUGAAAGAUUAAAUUUAAAAUUAAAAUUUUGUUGAAAAUUAAUUAAUUAAUUAAAUUGAAAUCGAAAGAACAAAAAUUUAAACAUAGAAACAAUAAAUUGAUUUACUAUAGCGAUAUAUUGAUUAAUAUGCUUCAUUACCUAUUACAGAUAAAAUUGAUGAAUAAUAAAAUGAAGUCUAAAAAUCAUAAAUUGAUACUAAUAAUUUAAAUAAUACUCAAGAAAACUAAGAUAAACCAUAAAUAGAUGGAAAAUCAAAAGAUGAUAUUUUAUCUGAAAAAUACAAUUAACACAUUGAAAUUUCAGAAUAAAAUUAAACACUUUAAAAAGAGAUAUUAGAUUAAAAUAAUAAAGAUCAAUUCAAUUUUGUAAAUACUAAUUAAGAUACAAAAAAAUAAAUAGAAAAUCUUAAAAAUGAAUUAAUGAUUGAAAGAAAAUAAAUGUUUCAUUAAGAAUCAUAAACUAAUCAAAAAACAUAUGUAACUUAAGAGGCUUAAACUACUUUUGAGUUUCAACCUAAUCCUUCUACUUAAGUAACAGCGUAAGAACAGAAGGAUAAAUAAGUUAAUAUACCUCCUGAACCAACUAAAAUAAAUAUAGCUCCUCCACCUCCUCCACCACCACCUCCUGAACCAACUAAAAUUAAUGUAGCUCCUCCUCCUCCUCCACCACCACCUCCUAGUUCAAAAACUGGAGGACCUCCUCCACCUCCCCCUCCUCCUCUAAAAGGAGCUUAAUAAGCACCUAAACCAUAAGAAUCUCCAUUUCCUUUUAAUAAGAGCGAACUUAUUCCAUCAGUUCCUACUAAACCUUUAAAUUGGAUUUUGAUAUAACCAUAAAAUAUGAAGAACACCAUUUAUGAAUAAAUUUAUUAAGAAUCCUAUGAAAUAGAUACAAAAUAUUUAGAAACUUACUUUUAUAAAAUUUAAUCUGCAUCAUCUACUUAAUAGCAAAAUAGUGAAAAUUAGAUUGUUAAGAAAGUAGUAUAAACCAAGAUACAAUUGAUUGCAACAGAUAGAUCUAAAAAUAUUGAGUUAGUCUUAGGAAAAAUUAAGAUACCAAAUGCUUUGAUCAUGAAAUCAUUAUUAUCAAUUGACUUAAAUAUACUAAAUGAUUCUGCAAUAGAUUCUUUAGAUACAAUAAUUCCAACUGAUGAAGAAAUUAAAAUUGUAUUAAUUAUUAUAAUUAAUUUAAGAUAAGUGAAUUUUAAGGUCAAAAAGAUUUGCUUGGAGUUGUUGAAACUUUUAUAGAUAGUAUUAGAUAAAUUAAUGGAUUUUAAUUUAGAAUCAGAUCAUUAAAAUUUAGAUCAGUUUAUGAUGAUUAUAAAUAAGAUUUAAUUGAUAAAAUGGCCAUUUUAACCUCAAGAUUUUCAGAAAUUAGAAAUUUAAAAGGAUUAUAAAAGAUAUUAUUAAUAACUUUAAAUAUUGGUAACUUUUUAAAUGGUAAAAAAUUAAUUUAUUCAUUAUUAGCCAAGACUCCUCGAGGCAAAGCUUUGGGUUUUAAAAUAGAGGCUCUUGACAUCUGUGCUGAAAUCAAAACAUCUGACAAUUAAAAUAAUAAUUUAUUACUCUAUAUAAUAGAAAAAACAGAAUAAAUCAUAGGAGGUGAAAUCAUUACUGAAGAAAGUAAUUAAUAUAAUUGAAAUUUAGAAAUGAAAUCAUUUGAAGUACUUUAGAGAGUACCAGUUCAUCAAUUAGUAAUUGAUUUAGGAGACAUUAAAAAAGGUUGUAGUUUUAUGAAAAAAGCUAUGGAAUCAUAAACAGAUGACCCAUAAGAUUUAGUAUAAUAAAAAUUUAAGGAUGGAUAUGAAUCAAUCACGAAAGACAUUGAAGAUCUUGACAAAAAGAUUAAUAAUUUAGAGGAAGAAUAUAAAAAAUGUGCAUAAUUUUAUGGUGAAAAUCCAAAAGAUCCAUCAGAUAAAUUUGGAGAUAAGAUUUUAAAAAUAUUCAGGCAAAUAUUAAGAUAAAAAUUUGAGAAAUUGUAAAGAGAAGAAAGAGCAAAAAGAUAAGAAGCUUUAAAAAAAAGAUAAAUGUUGAAAAGUACACCAUUAACUGCAAGAAGAGCAGAUGAAGGACCUAAACCACCUCCAAAAGAAGCAUAAAGAUAAUCAGUCUUAAAACCUAUAAUUCCAAGAUAAUCUAUUAAAGAAUCUACAAAACUUGAAGUACCUGGUAAUAAAGGUCCAAAAAAGAGUUUUAUAGCCAAUGAGAUUAGCUAGCUUCGUCAUAUGAAAUAAGUUAGAGCUAGUAUUUUAACUAUAAAUAAAAAAUGA